UAUAUACAUAUGUAUAUAUACCAUCAUAUACGUGCUGUUCAACCAACCCCCCCAUCAAACCCUAAAAAUAGUAAACUUAAACAGCAAGAAAAUAGACAUGGAGGAGAUCAAUUCACUGAUCAUCCAGGGGUGCAAGUUGGCCAGAUUCCUUGAGUUGAACCUGCCGGCUCAUUCCAACGACCCGGGUGUUCUGUUGAAGUCGUGCGACGAGAUCGUGAGCGUUUUCGGCGCGGCCAGAGACCGGUUGAACAGUCAGGGCUCGACGUCUUAUGCUGGACAAACCAGUCAUGAGUCGGCGGAUAUCGGUGGAGGAAUGAUGCAGGAGUGGCUGAGAUACGGCGGUGGGUCGCAAGCCAUGAGUUUGUUACUUCAGGCACAGCUUUCGGCUGAUCUUCAGGGAAGAAUGGGUGGAACGGAUGUGGAGGGUUCGACGCGGUUCGGUGGCGGUGGAGGGGAGGCUCAGCCGAUGGAUGUGGCGGAUUCUGGCGGGAGUGCUUCGUCCUCGCUAAGGUUGAGAAGAAGGAGGAAUGACGUGGACAAACGAACGGUCAUGAUGCCGGCACCUCGAAUGGGGAACACGGAGAUUCCACCAGAGGAUGGUUAUACGUGGAGAAAAUACGGUCAAAAGGAGAUUCUCGGGUCAACAUUCCCGCGGAGCUACUACAGAUGCACCCAUUCCAAACUCUACCACUGCCCGGCCAAGAAGCAAGUCCAGCGCCUCGACAACAAUCCUUUCACCUUCCAGGUAACCUACCGCGGGGACCACACCUGCCACAUGUCAUCCACCGCCCCGUCCGCCUCUCCCGCGCCCGCGGAACUCAUGCCGCCGCCGCCGCCACCAGCGACGACUCAACAACUCGCAACCACCACCGCGUCUCCACCGCCGCCCACCACAACCCCUCACGGCCGGGCGUGGCUGUCGAUGGACUUUGGGCUGGGUAGCAGCGGCGCUGGGCCGAGCAGCGGCGGCGGUGGAGCGGGGCCGAGUUCGAAUCGGUUUGGGAGAGAGACGAUGGAGUUUCAACUUCCGGUGGCGGAUUUGGCCGAUGUGAUGUUUAAUUCAGGGAGUAGCAGCAGUAAUAGCAUGGACCUCAUUUUCUCCAGUGGCAUGGAAGAUAAAUGGGAUCCGGGAGACAAGAGAAGCAGCUGAUGAUGCCUGCUAGCUGGACAGCAGGUUUGAUUAUGUCCAGAUGAAAUCAGCGAAGAUUGAGAAAAGUUGCGGAAACCCCUAAUUACAUUUGACAAUUAAGAAAGUCCCAAUUAAAACCAUUUUCGUUCUCUUCGACAUUUUCAAAACCAUUUCUCUUUUGACAUACUUUUUUUGGAAACGUCUUAAUUUAGGGUUGAAAUGUUCAAACGAUGAAAUUGUAAGUACAGAGAAAAAAUCAAGGAGCACUCUUUCACAUUUGAAAAUAAGAUGUCAAAGAGUGUUCGUUAUCUUUAGUAGUGUGUAACUUUUUUUUUAGAAUCAAGGCCAUAAGUUGUUGUUGUGUCGAGAUGUAUGAGUGUGCGGCUUGAGUGCCUUUGAUGACUUUAAUUUUUCGCAAGUGUUCUCGAAAACUAACAUACCAGGACUCGGUAACUAAUUAUUAUAAUAGUUUUAUCUAUUACUUCGUGUAUUUGUUUAGCCGAUCCAAAACAUACACCGCCGAGGCAACGAUUUCUUGAUUGAUUCGAAAAUCGUACUCCGGAAGUGAGAAGUACUUUCUCAAAUUUUGAAUUCCUUCUUUGUACUGUAAUUGUUACUAGUACUAAUGUUCUAGGCAUUUUGUGUAACAUAAAUACGUAUCAAUGAAAGUUGUUUU